AAAUUGUUGAAGAAUAAUCACAGCAUGAGAGAUAGAAAGAAUGGAAAGUAAGAGUGAGAUUAUGACGAUCCCUUGUUUUGAUUUCAGCAAGGGUACUAUAGAAGAAGGGAGUGAGGAGUGGAAAGAAAUGAGCAAGAAAGUGAUAGAAGCAUUAGAGAGUCACGGUUGCUUCCUCUUGACAUGUGAUGAGCUCAUCCCCAAGGGUGUGAGUGAAGAGUUGUUUAAUGGUAUGAAAACAUUGUUUGAUGUGCCUGAAGAAACAAAGCAGAAGCACAUGAGUCCAAAGCCUUAUAGGGGCUACAAUGACAAUGGCAAGAACAACAUCAUUCCCCUCAUGGAAACCUUUGGCAUCGAUGAAGUUCCUCUCUCAGAUUCUGCUCAAGCCUUCACUAGCCUCAUGUGGCCUCAAGGAAACCAAUUCUUCUGUGAGACACUGAAGACCAUGAGCAUAAAGAUGCUAGAACUAAAUUUCCUCAUCCAGAAAAUGAUUGUGGAGGGUUAUGACCUUCCUAAACAUUACAUUUCGGAUGUAGAAAAUAUGAAGAGCUCCAACUAUUCACGAUUGGCCAAAUACAAAGCUCCUGAAAGAAAGACUGAGGUAGCACCUCCUCACACAGACAAAAAUGCCAGAUUAACCAUUUUAUGCCAAAAUGAUGUUCACGGGCUCCAGGUGUUAUCCAAAGAUGGCAAAUGGAUAGCAUUGGAGAUACCCCAACAUGGCUUUGUGGUCCUUGUUGGUGACAUACUACAGGCAUGGAGCAAUGGGAGGCUUCAUGCAGUCACACAUAAGGUGGUGAUGAGUGGAGACAAAGACAGAUACUCAUUUGUGCUUUUUACAACGCCAAAGGAAGACAUGGUCAUUGAGGUGCCCUCUGAGUUAGUGGAUAAUGAAAACCAUCCCCUUCGUUAUCGUCCAUUCAAUUAUGGAGAGUACUUUAAUUACUUUUUUGAAAAGCCCAUACCAAAUGCUCUUGAAGUGUUUGCAGGGCUUUGAAAGGGAUUUAUGACGUGAACUGUUACAGGAGAAAGGCAAAAUAUGCAAGACGUUGCUAUAGAACUACUUUUAUGUAAUACAGAAUAAUCAGACCGACUUUUACCGAUUUAUAACAUUAUAUAAACGGGAUACAAACGUUUAUAACUACUAUUUGGUCUCAAUUUUUACUAUGAUCUUUUUAUUCUUAAUAAUAUUACGUAUCAAAUAAUUAAUACAA